AUGGAUACUAUUAGUAAUACUGAAAAAAGUAAGCCUACUCCCAAAACCCCCUGAAAUCCCAAAUUUCUUUGCAGAAACCGAUAAGCAAGAAUCGAAUGAAACGAAAAAAUCAUCGAGAAAAAAUGACGAGAGCUCCAAAAAGACUGAAAAAGAGCAAGAUGGACGCGAGGGUUUUUCGAAUCCCAUCGAAUUUAUUUUGACAGCGUUGGGAUUGUCGGUUGGAUUGGGAAAUAUAUGGCGAUUUCCGACGAGGGCUUAUGAUAAUGGAGGAUGUAAGGAAGUGUCGUCGGUUGCGUCGCGGUUACGCGCUGCGUGUCAAUGAGAAACACAGACAGCUAGACAAUUAGACAUCGCUAUAGACGCAGAGAAACUCGAUAAUGGGGCUAUUCAAGUUAUUUUCUCAACGCUGAGAAAAGCGAAGAAAACCUAUUCAGGUAGGCUGAGAAAAUACGAAAAAGUGAAGGAAAUGCAUUUUCUCCGCAUUUCUCCUGUUUUCUCAGCGUGUUGAGAAAAUACUUGAAUAGCCCCAUAAGAUAGAAUGUACAUUUGAGAGACACAGAGACAUGUUUCUCUGCGUCUCUAACUUUCUAGCUGUCUGGCUUCUUUUUUUGAAAAUGAAACACGCAUAGCGUGACCGCAACGCAGCCAACAACAUUGUUUUUCUCUCUGCGUCUCUAACUCUAUCUAAUUCCAGCCGCCUUCCUCAUCCCCUACCUAACCUGUGCGAUUCUCUUCGGCCUCCCCGCAGUCUAUCUCGAAAUGGUUGCCGGUCAAUAUCAAGGAACAUCACCGCCCAUCGUUUUCUGGCGAAUAAUGCCAUUUUUAGAAGGAAUCGGCUGGAUGUCUGCAAUGGUUUCAGCAACAAUUGCAAUCUAUUAUAUCGUAAUCAUUUCAUGGGUUCUUAUUUAUAUUUUCAAUUUAUGCCGUGGACAUUUGGAUAUUUGGAAUAAAUGCGACAAUCCAUGGAAUAAUCCAACAAAUUGUAUUGAUAUGUUAGCUCAAAAACAAUGCGCAAAUGCGACAAUUCCAUCGAUUUUCAUUAAUGGAUCGUGUGUUUUUGCCAACAAAUCGAUAACUUAUACAAGUGCCACUGAACAAUAUUUGAUGAGUAAUGUGAUUCGAAGAUCUGCCGGAGGUUUUUUGGAUUUUGGAGCGAUUAAUUGGCCGGUUUUUAUUUCGAUGACGAUUUGUUGGCUUAUGACGGGUUUGGUGAUUUGGAGAGGAAUGAGAGUUAUGGGAAAAAUUAGUUAUGUGAGUGUGGAUUUUUUGAAAAAGUUAUUGUUGAAACAUGAGGCUGCCGUAAAAAUAAAACGAAUGACAAAAUCAUUACUUCGUCAGUCGCGUGCGGCUGUGCGUCGCGGUUAGCAAACAAUUUAUUUUGUUUCCCGACCGCGACGCAGAGCCGCACGCGAUUGACGAAGUAAUGGUUUAAAAAUGUUGUCAUUCUCUCCACUGGUUUUUGUUUUUUUUCAACUUCGACAAUUGUCCCUCAGCAAAAAAUACAAUUUCAAAAAAUUUUCUGUCAAAAAUGCUCAUCAGAUUUAUUUGAAGCUUCAACCAAUUUUUUGGCUGGAAAUUUCAAUUUUAAAUUUUCAAAAUCAAGAAAACAAUUUAAAAACGAAAAUUAGGUGACAGUUAUUUUUCAAGCUUUCUAUUCGAAAAAUUAGUUCAAAUCCACGUGGCUGAAAUUAAAUUAAAAUAUAGUUUUGGCUCGAAAAUUCUUCAAUUUUUUAUUCGAAAAACUGACCUAAAUCCACGUGGCCAAAAUGUCAUCCUUUUGGCGCCAAAUCCCAGUUCGAAAAAGAAUUUCAUAAAUUUCUAAACUGGAUCCCCCCUUCUGUCUCCGAAAUCAAUCAAUAAUUUUUCCCCUCAAAUUUCAGGUGACAACCCUCCUUCCCUAUUUCCUCAUCACAGUUUUAUUCAUCCGCGGAAUAACUCUCGACGGCGCCUCAACAGGAUUAUACUAUUUCUUCCUCGACCCGGAUUUCUCCAAAAUUUUAUCGAUGAAAACUUGGACCGAAGCUCUCAAACAACUAUGUUUCUCUCUUUCAGUUGGACACGGCGGUUUAAUGUCAAUGGCAUCUUAUAAUCGAAAAAAUAGCAAUUGUUUUAUCAAUGCUGUGAUUUUGAUAACUGGAGAUACUUUGAUGUCUUUGAUUGGAGGAGCUGCUGUUUUUUCGACACUUGGUUUUUUGGCGAAACAACGGAAUGUUGAAGUGUCGCAAGUUGUUGAAUCUGGCCUCAGUUUGUCUUUUGUUGUUUAUCCCGAAGCAUUUACUCAAAUGCCUGUGCCGGUUUUGUGGGCCAUAUUGUUCUUCUUUAUGCUGUUUUUGUUGGGAUUGAGUACGGAGAUUGGUGAGUUUUUUUGGGAGGAGGGUUACCUUAAAUUUUUGAUUGAAACCCCUAUGAACGCUGAAUAUUUCUUUUUUUGUCAUAGAUUUUGUCAUUGGAAGCCCAGAAGUAUUGAAAAAUUCAUGGAAAUUUUGCAUCUAUGCUGUUUUUGAAACAGUGGAUUUUUUUUUUGAUAAAAUUAUAUUUGCAUUUUGUCUCAAAAUUUAUAAUUUUUAUUAUAAUAGACAGCAAAACAGAAUUAACACUUAAAAAAUUAUUGGAAAAUUCAAAGCUUUCUUUUGAAACAGUCAGUUUUUUCAAGUUUUUUUUCAAGAUUUCAGAUUUUAGCAUGAGACUGAUUUUUAGUAAUAGGUUAGUUAUUUUUUUUUUGAAACAGUGGAUUUUUUUUGAAAAAAAUCAAAUAAAUUUUCAGCCCAAGUUUUUCAAUGUUUUCAAAAUGAAACAAAUCGAGUCAACACCCGAAAAAUUGACAAAAUUAUCUAAUUUUUGAUUGAAACAGUAGAUUUUGUUGACAUGAGAAAAUAUAUUGUUUUGUUUUUUGAGAAACUACAUUUUGAUCAAAUUUUUUAGCCAAAAAAAAAAAGAAUUGAACACCUGAAGAAUCGUUGAAAAAUUCAUAUGUUUCAGUUGAAACAGUGAGUUUUUAGUCAUAGAUUUUGACUUUGGAGAGGUUUUACCGACAACUACAGGGUGACGACAAAUUAUAGCGACAAAAGUAUAUGCUGUCCUGACAGUAAUCACGCAGCAAUUUUUUAUGAUUUCAUUGUUCAAAUUUUCUCAAAAACCAUCAUUUUAUAGUUCCUAAUUAGUAUACUGACUUGUUUUUGAUUUUGAACACUAAAAAUUUCACAAAUUUGGAAAACGAUGGUUUUCAAAAUUUCGCUUUUUGACGAUUUUUUAAAUUUUCGACAUUUUAUCGGCUAAUUGUUUCAUGUCUGUAAGUAAUAUUUCAUAACUAUAAUUUUUAGUUUAGGUAAAGUAAGUAUUGGGGAGGGUUCAGCACAAAUAUUAUUACAGCUACCCGACUUUCAGACUAUUUUAGAUGUGGUUAUAUUGAACCACCACUUGCGAGUAUCACAAUUUCAUUUUUCGAUAAAAUUGAAAUAUGGGGAAACAAUUUUAAUAUUUAUAAGUAUGAAUGAUUACAAAUAGUCUGAAUACUAUCAAAAAUUGUCGAAAAAAAUUUUGAGCAUAAAUCCUCUUCAUUAAUUAGAGUAAUUAAGGGAUAAUCAGAGUCAAAUGAUGAAUUUCGAGAAAUUAUGAUUUUUGGAAAAGUUGCAUUUCUUUAAAAAUUUAUAUUUGAAAAUAAUAUUCGUGAUAUAUAAACAUUCACUAAACACCUUCGGAACAAUUUGAAACAUUAACAUCGUUGAAAAAAAAUUAUUGGGACAUUUUUUAAUUUUGACUUGAUUUGAAAAUUCACAAAAUUCCGAAAAUUCAUGAUAAUUGAACCCCGGUGGAUUACUCAUUUGAACAUCAGGAAUUGUUAUAACUGUGAAACAGUGUGUAUUAUGAUCUAGAAAAACUAUUUUGAGCAAGAAAUAUGAAAUUUAUCAUCCAGGGAAAAAUUUUGUUGAACAAAGUGUCUAGCGAGUACGGAAAUAUUUUUCAAAACUCUUCAAAGGUCAGAAAAAAUAUUGUGAACCUUCCGAGAACUCUUGAUAUUUUUUCUGCGUGGUCCUGGAUAGUCAGGAAAGUCUCAAAAAAAAUUUCAUAGAGAUCGGUUAAGUACGACAGUCACCAGAGUUAGUGGAAUUUGUCGCUAUAAUUUGUUGUCACCCUGUAUUGGAAAAUUCAUAAAAAUUUUGCAUCUAUGGUGUUCUUGAAACAGUGGAUUUCUUUGAGACAAUCAUAUUUGAAUUUUGGCUCCAAUUUUUUUAAUUACAAUAAAUAAACAGCAAAACAGAAUUAACACCUAACAAAUUAGUGGAAAAUUCAAAGCUUUUAAUUGAAACAGUAGAUUUUUUCAACAUAGAAAAUUAUUAUUUUUUUUUUUUUGAAAAAUUGGAUAUUGACAACAAUCUUUGUUUUAGAAAUUUGUCGAUUUUAGUAGUCGAAUCAUCGAAGUUUUAAUUUGAAAAAAAAAACAGAAUUUCAGAGAAAUCCGAAUUCCAAUUUUUGAAAAAAAAAAUCCACUGUUUCAUAAAUGUUACUGAAAAUGAAAAUUCAGUCCGAAUUCAUCACCAUCACUUUCAAUUUUUUCCAGCUCUCACUGAAGUCUUUUGUACUUGUCUCUACGAUCAACACCCCAAACUUCGAAACUACAAAUGGCUCGUCGUCAUUAUCUGGUGCUCUCUAUUAUAUUCUCUCGGUCUUUGUUUCUCAUUCGAAGCCGGUUUCUAUUGGUUCGAAAUGUUUGAUGAAUAUGCUGCCGGAUUCGCUUCUGUAUUUACUGUGACUUUGGAAAUUAUUGUGAUUAUGUAUUGUUAUGGAAUGCGUAAUUUCAAGUUGGAUAUUGUUACAAUGAUUGGACCCGCGAGAAAUGUUUUCACCGGAUUUUUCGGGGCACAGAGCCCGUUUUUCUUGGUCGAUUGGCUGGUGAUUUCACCGAUUUUUGGGGUGAUUUUGGUGGUUUUGAGCUUUUUGCGAGAUUAUCCAUAUCAAGGAGAUGCCCAGAAAUAUCCGGUCAUUUUUGAUAUUUUGGGAUGGAUUUUGGCCUUUUUGCCGAUUUUUAUGUUCCCAAUUUUUGCUGUGAAAAAUUAUUUGUGGUUCAAGAAAAAUGGCUACCCAUUAAAGGGACUUUUUAUGCUCCAGAAGCCCCAUGUUUCAUAUCAAAGAAUUGUUGGGAAAAAUAAGAAGAAGAAAAAGAAUAUCGAUACGGAGCGAGAAGAAUCGGACAGAAAAAUACCCGAAUUUGAACCGUGGGGCGAAGUUGCGUUCUCUGGAAUGACUAUGGUUGGAGAGGCGAGAUUUGAAGAGGUUGAUGAUUCGACUGGAGCUACUACUGUAUUGAUGCCAUAUGUGUCGAGAGCACCGCCAGAAUGA